AUGGAAAGUCCACAUGAGCACCAGCAGGCCCUGCUGCUCUCUCGCAUUAUCGGCAACAUUGAAAAACUAAAUGAGUCAAUCAUGGUGAUGAACAGAAGCCUCCAGGAGGUCAAUAUCCAGAACAUGAACGUCGAGCUUGUCGCACAGAUGUUCAAGAACUACCAGUCCAACGUUCUAUUCCAUCUAGAAGCGACGGAGAAUUUGAAAGACCCGUCAUCCUCGUCGUCCAGUUCUUGA